UCUUGUUUUUUUCUUGUUUAUUCACUGUCUGAAUAUUAGCUUCAUCAAUGGCGGAACAUUAUCAGAACAAGAAGCAUUAUUAGCUAUUAAAUCUGCCAUUAUAGAUGAUCCUCAUAAAAGUUUAUCAUCUUGGAAAAACACUACUCACCAUUGCAAUUAGUCGUUCGUCACUUGCUCUUCGUCUUCUCACUCUCCCACUGUCAUUUCCCUGGACAUCUCCAACUUAGAACUCAGUGGUACUCUCUCUCCUCAAAUCGGUUUUCUUAUAAACCUGCAAAAGCUAUCUCUCCUUUAUAACAAUUUUUAUGGGCAUGUCCCGUCUUCUCUUCCUAUCCUUACAAAACUCCAAUAUCUCGACCUAGAAUUAAACCAAUUUAGUGGUCCACUCCCUUUAAUUGUUAAUAUGUCGGAGCUUCGGUGCCUUUCCCUUACUGGGAACUACUUUUCUGGUACAAUAUCGCCAGAGUUUAGUAAACUUCAAAAGCUUCAAGUUUUGGAUCUUUCUAACAACAAUCUUUGGGGAUUACUUCCUUAUGAAUUAGGAUUCUUAAAGAGGUUGAAAACUUUAGAUUUAUCACAUAAUCAGUUACAUAGUGAGAUAUCAAAUUCUUUUUCUCUUCUUACAAAUUUAAUUCAUUUGGGUUUAACAAAUAAUCAAUUACAUGGUGAGAUACCAAAUUCUUUUUCUCUUCUUACAAAAUUGAUUUAUUUGGAUUUAUCAUAUAACCUUUUACAUGGUGAGAUACCAAAUUCUUUUUCUCUUCUUACAAAUUUGAGGAGUUUGUAUUUAUCAAAUAAUCAAUUACAUGGUGAGAUACCAAAUUCUUUUUCUCUUCUUACAAAUUUGAUUUAUUUGUUCUUAUCAAAUAAUCAAUUACAUGGUGAGAUACCAAAUAUUUUUCCUCUUCUUACAAAUUUGAUUACUUUGUUUUUAUCAAAUAAUCAAUUACAUGGUGAGAUACCAAAUUGUUUUUCUCUUCUUAAAAAUUUGAAUUAUUUGGAUUUAUCAAAUAAUCAAUUACAUGGAGAGAUACCAAAUUCUUUUUCUCUUCUUACAAAUUUGAUUCAAUUGGAUUUAUCAAAUAAUCAAUUACAUGGUGAGAUACCAAAUUCUUUUUCUCUUCUUACAAACUUGACGUCCUUAAGUCUUUGUCAAAACAACUUACAAGGUUUCAUAACAGAGUUUAUUGGGGAUUUAUUUAAGUUAGAAGUACUUGUUUUUUGGGAUAAUAACUUUCCAAGAAGAAUUCCACGUAAGUUGGGGACGAAUGGGAUAUUGAGUGUCCUAGAUGUUUCUUCAAAUAAGCUUAGUGGUCCAAUCCCUGAGAGUUUAGGGAGUUGAAAGUCACUAUAUUUUCUAAAUUUGACAGAUAAUCAACUCACGGGUCAGUUACCUGUCAACAUUGGAAAGCUUACGAGUCUUCGUUAUUUGUUGGUUGCCAACAAUAACUUGAUUGGAAAAAUCACACCACAGAUUACAGGUACACUAGUCUUUAGCAAUGCCUAUCUAAAUUGCGUCUUCCAAAAUAGUUCGCCAUUGCAUACAUUGAGACUUCCAACUGUUAAAUUAUUAUUUUCUUUUUUGAAUUCGCUUGUCACUAAUAAAAAUAUAUUUCUUGUAUUAUUAAGGUUUUUCAUAUUUGCUUUUUUUUUUUUAUAACAUUGAUUAAUGUAACCAAUAAAAAUAUAUUAAACAAGUUCUAUAAUGUAUUUCUUUGAUUUUUGAUAUUUAUAUUUUGUAUACAUUAAUAAAGAUUAUAAAAAAAUAAUAUAUCAAUUAUCUCACAUCUAAUAUGCCAACAUAGGAAGCAUCACCGCACAGUUUACUGAGUGGAAUUAUCCUAACGUGAUUACAGGAUACAAUAUCACGAAUUUUAAAAACUAUUCUAUCUGCAACUUGGUUGAUCUUGAAAUCCUUGAUUUAUCUUAUAACAAGUUUAAUGGAGAAGUUCCUCAUUGCUUGGGCAAUACUAGUACUAAAUUAGUUGUAUUGAAUCUCCAAUCAAAUAAUUUCAAGGGCAUCCUUCCAUCAACAUUUUGUACUUGUGAUUUAUUGGAAUAUGUAGAUUUCACUGACAAUCAGUUAGAUGGAGCUAUACCUAGGUCUUUAUCUAAAUGUAGAAACCUGAAAGUCCUAAAUUUUGAGGAACAAUAAAUUCAAA